AUGGGUCCAAACCACAGCGGAAUAGCAGCCCGACGUGAUGAAGAUGAACAAGAUGACAAUGCGCUGAAAGAAGCUGAAGACGACGGUUCCGAUGAACACAGUUUAAGCUACGGUAGCCUUCAUGGAAAGUUAGGACGUGCUGCUCUCGCCCGUCCUAGCGAAUGGCAGUUGCGUCAGCGCAAUCAGCGUCUACGCCAACAGCAACGACGACGCCAACAAGCGCUUCGCCGACGACUAAGCCAACGUCAACUUGCUAGACGCCGCUCACAACAAAAGCGUCGACGUGUCAUACUACAACGUCGUCGUCAACAGAAACUUAGAAGAACACGUAAACGUAACCAAAUGAAACGUCGUUAUUUACGACAAAGACGCAAGCAAAAUCGACGACACAAAACCAACAACAAAACGUCGCUUGAGACGUUUUCGUAA